CUCUUCCUCCUCCUCCUCAUCCCCCCCUCUCUCUCUCUCCCUCUCUGUCGUUAUUUUGUCCUGCCGCCUGUGCGAUGUGAGUGAUGAGAGCGGCGUGUGGGGAAGCUGCAGUCUGUGGAGCAGGCAUGAGAACACUUCCCUUCUCGUUUCAGAGCAUGUGCCACAGCUCACAGAAAAUGGUUCUCCCCCCAUCCCUGGAGCAACUCCCCGGCUAGAGCCAGCAGUCAGCAUUCCCCUCAGCAUCUAGGAUCAUGCUUUUAAGGUGGGCGAGAAAAUGUAGCUGAGGAUCCGAGAGGCCGAGAAUCCUGAGACUUGUGAAGCGGCGCAGGUCCUCGCGGGGAGGUGGUUGGGGGAAGAGGGCAUUGCUGCUGGAUUCCCGCCUCGCCUCACCAUGUCCAAGAAGGGGCCGGGGGGCCGGAACAAGGGGGAGCGGCCCGACGCCCUGGGGGCUCUGCAGGCGGCCAACGAGGAGCUGAGGGCCAAACUCACCGACAUCCAGAUCGAGCUCCAGCAAGAGAAGAGCAAGGUGAGUAAGCUGGAGCGCGAGAAGACGCAGGAGGUGCGGCACGAGCAGAACAAGUCGACGGUGGUGGUGACGGAGCUGCGGGCCAAGCUGCAUGAGGAGAAGCUGAAGGAGCUGCACAGCGUGCGCGAGACGCUACUGCGCCAGCACGAGCAGGAGCUGAUGCGCGUCAUCAAGAUCAAAGACGGAGAGAUCCAGCGGCUCCAGGGCCUGGUGGCGGCCUUGCGCGAUGGCCCCGCCGACAAGCUGCGCUCGGCCCUGGUGGUGGAGGUGCGCGAGGAGGCCCGCCGGGGCUUCGAGAGCGAGCGCGGCCGCCUGCAGCAGGAGAUUCUGGAGCUGAAGGGGGCCAAGCGGCAGAUGGAGGAUGCGCUCAGCACCGCCGUGCAGGCCGACAAGACCAAGGCAGCUGAGAUCCGCAGCGUCUACCACCUCCACCAGGAGGAGAUCAACCGCAUCAAGAGAGAGUGCGAGAGGGAGAUCCGGCGUCUGAUGGAUGAGAUAAAGGUAAAGGACAGAGCAGUGGCGGGGCUGGAGCAAAAGCUGGGGGUGCAGACGGGCGUGGCCCAGCGUCUGGCCCUGCUCAGGGAGGCCGAGCGUCAGGCCGCCGGCCCCAGGUCUGAGCCUCCUUACUCAAGUAGUGCAGGAGACUCCCUCGAGCCCUCAGCCAGCCCUGGACAGCAGUUGGACGAAAAGGACGCCCGCCGCUUCCAACUGAAGAUCGCCGAGCUGAGUGCCAUCAUACGCAAGCUGGAGGACCGUAAUGCCCUGCUGUCCGAGGAGCGCAACGAGCUACUGAAGCGACUGCGGGAGGCUGAGAGUCAGUAUAAGCCUAUAUUGGAUAAGAACAGGCGACUGACUCACAAGAAUGAGGAGCUGGCCCACGCCUUCAGACGUAUGGAGAACAAACUGCGUUUCGUCACACAGGAGAACAUUGAGAUGACACAGCAUGUGUUUUUGCAGAGGAGGUCAGGGUCCAUCCGGAGGCCAAGCUCACUCAAUGCCUUGGAUCAGAGUCAGGACGAGAGGGAGAUUGAGUUCCUCAAACUGCAGGUUCUGGAGCAGCAGAACAUCAUUGAUGACCUGUCCAAGGCACUUGAAACUGCAGGAUACGUGAAAAGUGUCAUAGAGAGGGACAUGUUGCUGAGGUACAGAAGACAAGAUUCAGGUCGACGAAGGAAGAACAAGGCCGGCAAGCCGGUGAUAGAGACAUUCUUCGGAUAUGAUGAAGAGGCUUCCAUGGACUCGGACGGCUCAUCCCACUCCUACCACACGGACCGCACACCCUGCACGCCUGACGACGACCUGGAGGAGGGCAUGAUAAGAGAAGAAACAGAGCUGAGGUUUCGCCAGUUGACUAUGGAGUACCAGGCACUGCAGCGGGCAUACGCUCUCUUACAAGAACAGGUUGGGGGCACGUUUGAUGCUGAGAAGGAAGUCAAGACACGAGAACAAAUGCAAGCUGAACUCAUUCGCUACCAAACCAGAGUCCAAGACCUUGAGUGUGUUUUAAGUCAGCAAGGCCAGGAUAUGAAAUGGAUUGAAGAGAAGCAGGCAUUGUAUCAAAGAAAUCAAGGCCUCGUCGAAAAGAUUAAGCACAUGGAAUCAGAGGAGCAUCGUUUGAGAAACGAGAUUCAGGACAUUAAAGACCAAAAUGAACUUUUAGAGUUCCGUAUUCUCGAACUUGAAGAGAGAGAGAGGAGAUCCCCAGCCAUAAACUUCCACAAUAUCUACUUCAGAGAGGGCGUGAGCCCACUGCAGAUCUACUGUGAGGCAGAGGGAGUCACUGAUAUAAGCAUUUCAGAGCUGAUGAAAAAGCUGGAUAUUCUGGGGGAUAACGCCGUAAGUACCCUUUCCAAUGAGGAGCAAGUGGUAGUCAUUCAUGCCCGGACUGUUCUGACUCUGGCUGAGAGGUGGCUGGAGCAAAUUGAGGUGACCAAAUCCGCUUUACAGCAGAAAAUGCUGGACAUUGAGAGUGAGAAGGACCUCUUCAGCAAACAGAAAGGAUAUUUAGAUGAUGAGCUGGACUACAGAAAGCAGUCAGUGGAUCAGGCGCAUAAGCGGAUUCUGGAACUGGAGGCCAUGUUGUUCGAUGCGCUGCAGCAGGAGGCCGGGGCCAAGGUGUCGGAGCUGCUGUCCGAAGACCAGCGUGAGGCGCUCCAGCGUGCCGUGGAGCAGUGGAGGAGACAGGUGCUGAGCGAGCUGAGGGAGAGAGAUACUCAGAUACUCAGAGAGAGGAUGGAGCUGGUGCAGCACGCACAGCAGAGAAUAAAGGAGCUGGAGGAGUGGAUAGGAGCACAGAAACGACAGAUAAAGGAAUUAGAAGAAAAGUUUUUAUUUUUAUUUUUGUUCUUCUCUUUAGCCUUCAUUCUUUGGUCGUAGUUUCUCCGGCCAGCCAGAUCAGGUGGGUGUGCAGAACUAACCUUUCAGGUCUUUCUUGGAGUUUACUCAUAUUUCAGCCAAUACCCUUUCUCUCCAAAACAAUGGACAAUUAUUAAUGGUUGUGUCAGCCAUACUAAUGGAUGUCAGCCAUUUUGUCAAAGCCAAACAAACACACCCUCUCCCUUAAGUGUUCUCCCCAGUGCCACUGCCCCACAUGCACUGUGCUGCACUGCCGUGACAUGAUUGACAGGCAGAUCAUUGUCCUUAUUGGCUGGGAGGCCUUAGGAGGUCAUUCAUUGGUUUCCUCCUGUAGUAUGCCUUAUUACAGAGCCAGAGGCAGUGAAACAGACAAGAGUGUUUUCAGUAAACAACGUACCACUUUUAUUUCCAUGUAAAUGUGGGCUUAGUUUUUUACAAAAUUCACAAAUGGCUGUCUCUACCUUUCACUGCCCUCGUACAUAACCUCGAUGUUGCCAAGGUUAUGAAGACAGAAUGUAACGGGUGCAGGCUGUUUUGUCUAUCUGAUGUUUCUGAUGAAAGAGCCACAGCUGGUUGACCCUUAUGUGGAGUAUGAUGUUAUAGACUGUUGGACUGAGACACAAACAGAUACUGAAGACAUGAUACUGGUUGCACAGAGAACUACAGCUACUGAACUAUGGUGCUCAUUAAGGGACAAAACAGGAGGCCCCUUUUUUUUUUACUGGGAAGAGCUUUGGACGGCGUUUCACAUUUGGUGCAUGUGGAAUUUAAGGACUCUUAAAUUGAAGCACUCCCUCUCUCUUUCCCUGCUAAGCAGGCAGUGCUGGUGGCUGCUUCCCUGUGGAAGCCUGAGAAAUGGAUGUGUUACCAUGGCAACCCUGCCCCCACUGUUUACAAGAGGGUCCCUGUGACAGGAGCAGCGCACCUCACCGCUGCCAAUCUCUGAGGAGCUCGCUGCCACCAGCUCUUCUACUGCAACUACGAAAACUCUAAAGCCAAACCGUGGAACUGAACCUGUCCUUGUUUUCUAAUUUGAAGGGAUGAAAAAUACAUUUCUCAAAGGAGAAGCUGAAAACCUGAAAAAAAGACAAUGUUUUUUUUUGUUUUUUUUUCUCCUGGUUGUUCCUUUCUCUAGUUUUUUAAAUCUAUGUAUCUCUUUCUCUCACUGGUUGGAGGGAAUGAAAGUAAAAGCUCCUUUGAUCUUUUCCACAGUGUGUCCGCAGGUCUGUUUACCUCAGUUACCCGGUGCUGGUCAGGCCCAUGCGAGAGAUGCGGUGAAAGGUGUGCAGGGUUGGGGGUGGUGGGUGUGUGUCCGUGGGUGGGUUCUACUGGUGGUGAGCUUCUCUGAAGAUGCAGCUCCAACCUCAGGCUGUUAGGCUGUUACAUCCUCCUCAGGCUACAGACUGUGGUGAGGUCCAUUCAUCUGCACUGGUGUUUGUCACACAGCCUUUCUGGAAAUAUCAGCAGAACUAUUCCAUAGAACACACAGCAUGCUUUAGCAGAGGACCUUAGAGAGCUCUGGUGCUUGCCAGAUUAAAUGGUAAGGGGAUGUACACAUUCACAUAUACAUAUAGCCUACCAUGUACACAUCUUUUCUAGAUUUUGUGAAUAUAUUUUUCAAAACAAUUAUUAUAUGUAUUGUCAGAUGCACUAGUUGAUUCCUUCUAAUGACAACAUUAUUCAUGCUGUGUUAUCUUAUGUUAAGUUUUAUAACUUGCUGUUUCAGUAUAUAUUUAGAAAGGUAUAAUUUGAUAAUAACAAGAUAUACCUUGGACUUGUACCUAUGGACUAUCAUCUAAGCCAGGUACUGUCAUCCUGAGAUGUAGCUUAAAUUAGUCCAGGAUGAGACAGCAAUGUCUGACCUCAGCAGUUACAUGUGUUCAGACAGUAGGGGGCACUAAAUCUCAAGACAUUAGGAAAGAGCCACAAAGGACAUUUCUCCUGUAUUCUCCCAGAUUUUCCAAUAUUUGAACCAUAGCUGUGCUGAUCUUCACACAAGGGAACGCAGAAAAGUGUUCAUAUAAUAUGAUGUCUUGUCAAUCCUAUGUCAUACUAACACAUUUUAGCAGAAAGGGAACAUCUGCGUCCACUCUCUGAGGCCUGCAGGGUCCACCCCCAGCAACAGCAGGACUCUCCCUGUCCCUGUCAGCAGGGCCGAGGCUCCUCCAUCGUGGGGUUCUGUCCUGUCCUGUUCCAGGGCUGAGGCUCCUCCACCGUGGGGUUCUCAGACAGCCAGGUGUUCUGUCCCUCUCAGCACCGUACUCCCUCUCUGCAUCCUCUGCAGCACCUCUCCACACGUGACUCAAUGAUGACUCGGCUCAUCCCCCCGCCUCCUUAGGCAUCUUUACCUGUCCUGACGGCGCUCACCACAGCGUCUCAAACACACAGCUGGCACACUCGCUACCAGGACUGCUUCUGAUGUACCAUACCUGAACAUGUCUAAGUCCAUUUAGAAGUGGUAAUCAGUCAAGAUGUGACUAUUUAUGAUCUGUGUGUUUGUUAUGUUUUGCACUGAACUUCAGCGAUGUCCAUGUGUUUGUUCUAUGCAGACACAUAUCUGUAAAUGCCUUAAUUUCAAUGAUUUUAUUUUAAUGGAGCCUUAUAAUUAUUAGGAAUAUGUUUUUUAACUGUCCACCACAUUUAUUUUACAUUAAAAUAAAGCAACUGGAUUUGCUCUAUGAGGGUUUACUGUAAUGUGAAAGGAAUAAACCUGGCACUUUACGUCAUAGUUCAAACUGUGUGUUUGUGUGUGUGUGUGUGUGUGUGUGUGUGUGUGUGUGUGUGUGUGUGUGUGUGUGUGUGUGUGUGUGUGUCUGCAUGUAAUGGUGGUGGCACUGUUUCCACGCCAGCUUGCUUCCUGACCGGUAGGAUGCCACAUUAGGCCCAGCAAAGCAAAACUGUCGUAUGAUUUUACCCAAUCACUAUUCAUUAUGUAUCUUGUUACAACCAUAAAGAUAGCAUACAAAGUGCCAAAGUUUACAAACACCCUUAGCGAGGCUUCAGUUCUACCCCGCAACAUCUGCUGACCUGUUACACUGUCUGUCUGGGUGUGUGUGUGUGUGUGUGUGUUCAGCUGGGUGACAGUAGAUGACUAACAUGUGACAACUUAACACUCACUGAUUACUGGUACUGAUUAGCCGGAAGCCAUAUAAAGACAGCAAAGGUUUAUCAGAGAGCACUUUUUUUAGUUACCAAGGAUCUAAUAGCAUCAUCUACUCAACAGCACACUGCUUAUCAUUCAAUCUAUUUUGUUCAGUGAUGCCACAUUUUAGGGCUUCCGUGGCAGUAAUUAUGAUUUUCUUUAUUUGUUCUGCAAAGUAUUUUUACCUAAUUACAAUAUAAAAUUAAUGUUUAAUAAAUCAUAUGUUUAUUAUAGAUGCAA